AUGACUACCCAAACUAUCAUCGCAACCGGCACCUCUUCGGGUCUCGGCUUCGAAGCUAUCAAACAGCUUCUGGAACAGAAGGAGCAAUCGUAUAACUUCAUUCUCGGUGCCCGGGACACCGCGGGAACUCAAGCCGCAUACGAUGCCCUGAACUUCAACACUGCGAAGCACUCUGUUGCUAUCUUGCCCCUCAAUCUCUCUGACCUCCGUAGUGUGCAAUCAUUCGCGAAACAAGCUCUAAGCCAGUUGAGACAGACGAAGCUUGAUGCUCUGUUCCUAGUUGCUGGCAUGUUGAACAGUGCUGAUGGACCUGGUCCUCAUGGUUCGCAAUGGUGUGAAUCAUAUGUAGUGAACCACUUGGCUCAACAUUAUCUGCUUCACCUGCUGGCUGAUACCCUGGCUGCAUCAAAGUCGCGCAUUGCCGUCGUAUCUUCCGGUGCCAUCCGUGGCGUGCGAGGAAAUGACCCUUCCACGCUAGAUGUAGACUUGAAAGCGGGCUCCGGCGCCAGCGCACGAGUAGUCUACAGCGCCUCGAAAUUCGCCCAGCUCCUAGGAGCCCACUACUGGCGUCGCCAGCUCCCAACCUGCACGGUUGUUGCGGUUUCACCUGGUCUGAUCCCAAACACUAAACUUGCACAGCAUCCAAGCUUAGGUUUGACUAUGGACAUGCCUGAUGCCAAGAGCGUGCCCGAGGGCGCGCAAAACAUUCUUCGUGCCCUCAAUGCUCGGGAUAUACCUUCCGAUCCUCAACAGAUCUUCCUGACUAGCUGGGGUGAGUGGUGGCCUACCGAUGUUUAUGCCAGCAGUCUUGAUCCUGCUUUGCAGGAUAAGUGGUGUUUGAGCAAGACGGACAUUGAGAAUUCCGAGCCUGUAUUCAAGGAGUAG